GAUGCAAUAAUUUGCAAAUUCGUUUAAAGUACUACUUGGACGUGAGUUUUGCUGGCGGAAAAAAACAAUCGCGGAUUUAACUAACAUUGUUUAGAACGAAACGCGUGUGUUUGUCUGCCAAAGGCGGCGGAUUCAUCAGCAUUUCGGAGCUAUUAAGAGCGAGAAAAUGGAAAACGCAUGUUCUGUUGCUGCCAACUCGCUGGAAAUUUACGUGCUCAGAUAAGACGGACCAGCUGUGCGUCGGUCUCUCGCUCAAAUUGCAACAAAUUUGUGAAAAGUAUCCGGCCUGGGUGCCUUAGACUCAAAUAAACAAGACGCCGACGGAGUAGCCUAGCCAGCAAACUGUAAACGAAACCGGGACAAAAGCAUCAACAGUGAGACGACACGAACAUACCGUAACAGCAACAACAACCCAUCACCAACACCAAAACCAACAACAACAACAUGCACCCACUGCAAACAACAUACACAACACAAACAAAUACAUGCACGUAGACACUCACACAUACACCCACAGCGACUACAACUACAUAGACACCGGCAGUAUCUUGUUGUGACGCAGCAGCUAUCAAAAAGCACCUGCAAAGCGGCACGAGACCUGGCGACCGGCUCCCAGUGCAGCUGUCACAAGCGCAAAAACAACAACAAGCACAACAACAAAGCUUGCACACUUGUUGCAAGUGUACGGCUUAGGGAAGAGUGCGACUAGGAGAGCAUAAUUGAGGGAGAGUGAGCGAGGAAGAGAGAGAGAGAGAGAGAGACGGACGAUUGUCUCUGUUAAAAGUGCCUAAGCAGUCAGCUAUUAACGUUCAUUUGCCGCCGUACUUAAAAAACUUAAAGAUGGUUAAGGAAAAGCCGAACUCGACGCGCAUCUACGACAAGGAUGGCUUCAGACGUCGUGCUGCCUGCCUUUGCGUCCGUGCUGAAAACGAAUCUGAGGUGCUAUUGGUUACCUCUUCGCGACGUCCGGAAUUGUGGAUUGUGCCUGGCGGUGGCGUCGAGCCUGAUGAGGAGCCCUCGGUAACCGCCAUGCGUGAGGUGUUGGAAGAAGCUGGCGUUGUCGGCAAUCUUGGUCGUUGUCUGGGCGUCUUCGAGAAUAAUGAUCAUAUGCAUCGCACCGAGGUGUUUGUUAUGAACGUCACCAAGGAACUAGAGGAGUGGGAGGACUCACGAAGCAUCGGGCGCAAGCGGCAAUGGUUCACCGUUGAUGAGGCGUUGUCUCAGCUAGCGCUGCACAAGCCCACCCAGCAGCAUUAUCUAAUGCAAAUGCAGCACUCGAAGACACUGGAAAAUGCCAAUACGCCUGGUCGAGUGGUGAAUGCCACGCAUCCCCCCAUAUUGACCAACACAUCCUCAGCGGCUGCAUCGCCUACAACGGCAUAAAGACAAAUAGAGAAGGAAUAAUAACUCACACAGACAUAAACACACAGCUACACACCACACACACACACACACACACACAUACAUCCAUACAUAUACGACAUUUUGAAAGUUUAUAAUUAGGCAGGCAGUUAAUCCAUAAUUUCGGUAUUUUUAAUUCAUUUACGUAAAACCCACUCGCCACCCUAAGCAAAGCCUGAUUAGUCAGCAUCUCUUUCGAGUUAAGUUUAAGUCGAGCGCUUCAUUUAUGUUUUAGAAAUUGCAUUAAAAAAUCAAUGUACUUUAAAUUAUAGAAUGCAUAUUAAACGAGGAUACAACAUAUAUAUUAUAUAUCUAAAUUAACAAACGAAAUUGAUUGCAACAACACAAACAUAUGUAAUAAUUUUUGAGCGCAUAGAGCACUUUUUGCAAAACGAAAUGAAAAUACAAUUACUAACAAGGAAUUAUAUGAUAUCUAUUAGAUUUUUCUACUCUUUUUUAUAAUUUACUCGAAAGCAAAUUGAUUAUUGUAAAGAAAACCCCAAUUGGAGCAUGGCUUUAAAGAAGCGCUAAAAUUUUAUAAAAUAUGCUAAGCAGCGUCAACAAUAAAAUUUAAACAAAA